UUCAGGCGCCUCAGGGUGCACCGUUUAAGGUGGAACGGGAGAAUUCCACCAAGACUCUGGCGAGUAGGAAGCCAACUUCAGCCUCGUCAGAGUGAGCAAAGGUCACCACGCCUUUUCACCGACGACUCCGCCGCCCUGCUGACCUCCUGCCGGAGGGACGACACGGCUGUGGGCAGUCUGAAGUGUCUGGAGGUCCGAGGAGCGGACGGGCAGCGCUCAGGCUGUGAAGCUGGGGUUUCUCUUCACAGAUAAACUUCAUCGAGGACACUGGACACUGGCUGAGUCACUGGCUACGCAGUUGGCCCGCCAAACACCGGUCAGCAGACUGAGGAACUUCAGUAUGAGGACCUCCUGAGGGUGACCACUCUGGGAGCUUGGUGUGAGUGCCCUUUUUAACGGACAUAUGUGUGUUUCUGCGAUCACAGGCGAUAGUUUUUGGUGUACAUGCUCACAUUUUUAGCAUGAGGCACAAAAAAUACUGUAUUAUCAGCGUCAUAUAACAUAAAGCAAGGCAAGUGUUAGUUAUGAGGCACAGUUUGGGUCAAAAUACCACCUCCAAGCCUUCAAAUGCAUAAAAAGAAGUUAAUGAUGUAUAAAAAUGACCUUUUAAAGGGUAUUUUCAAUCGAAACCAUACUGGAUAAAACUGGAUAAAAGUUAAAUAAUUAAAAUAAGCAUAUUUUUCUUGAUUGGUCAUUUAUGUCAUUGGUUUUCUAUGAAUAUGCCUCAUAUUUGUGUCCUAACCGUGGAGCAAAUGACCUGAAAUAAAGCCGUUUUCAAACCUACGUUAGAUGGAAACAUGCGUUAGCCAAAGAACACGUUGACGAGCGUGGGAAAUCUAAUCUGGCUUCACAGAAAUGCAAAUUUUCAUAUUCAGUAUUUUCCACACAACUGUUUUUAAAUGUCACAACUGACAGCUUCAGAAUUUCAGCUUCAGACACAUAAGAAGUUGGUGUUUUGUAAAGACUAAUUCAGUUCAGAUGAUAUUUAGUCUUUUACUUUAAUUAUACUCAUUUUGUAUGGCUUAUAAUUUGUAUUAGACUCAAACUUAAAAUUAAUUGUUGUGAUCCAUUUUCUACAAAUCUGGGGAGCCAAAAGCGCCUGUAGUUGCAGAAACACCCAUAUAUGUGUAAAACUGUGAUGCCACCAUGAUUGGCUCUCCGGACUUGCUGGCUUUCACCGCAGAGACUGAUUUCCGAGAACCGCCUUCAGACCCGCUUGUGCUUCCAGAGGAACUGUCCAUCCCGCUGUGUCCUCACUCAAGCGACUCUUCACCAUGGACCAGGACAUCCAGAGUUAAAUUCAAUAAAGAUUUUAUUCUGAUAGCUGAGUUUUCAGAGCAGGUUGGCCCCCAGCCCUUACUCACGAUCCCCGAUGAAACCAAGGCCUGUGGCUCUUUUGAUCUGAACCACUUCUCCCUCAGGAUCAUGUCAGUGGACUAUCAGACCUCCUUUGCAGGCCCCGGAGGUUCCAGCAAUGCAAAGCUGAAUUUUGUAGAAGACGCAAAAGUGGUUUUAGGGGAAUCCAGGGAAGGAGCCUAUGCUUAUGUGCACCACCUGACACUGUAUGACCUGGAAGCUCGUGGUUUCGUACGGCCGUUCUGCAUGGCCUACGUGUCCUCCCAAGAGGAAAAAAUAAUGCAUCACUUCCCUCAACUGUCUGCUGAGUUCUCCAAGGUGUCAGAGUGCUUGAAGACCGGAAACAGGAAGAACUUUGCCAACGAACUGGACAAAAAGCUGGGAGACCUAGAGUAUACCAGGUUAGUACUGCUGAGAGAGAUAAGGAGAGAGAGGCUAAGCGAUGUACCCGUCAGUGAGAUCAACGGAGGUGGGGAAGAGAUAGUAAAUGUCAGAUCUGCAUGGCAGAGAGUAAAUAAGGAUAAAAAAGGGAACAGUAGCUUAUCGCUGACCACAGAGGAAGAGAAAUUGAAAGAGAAAGACGGAUGUGAGUUUUCAAUUGAGGAAGUAGGCAAAAGUAAAGACGUGUCAGGGCUUGAUAAAGGGAACAAAUCUGGCUCGGUUGUGCUGAGCACUGGAACAGAGGGAGGAGGAAACAACGUAUCAAAGAGAAAGGAGGGGUUUGAGCAGCUGAAGGAGACAGAGGAAGGCCAGAGUGCAAGAUUACGGUGGCCUGAUAAAGCCGCAGAGUUGGCUAGUGUAGAGAAAGCCAUUCAGGAACACAGAAGCCUUUUGAAACAAGUCACCUCCUACCCAACCAGGAAGCUCAGGGAUCCUGAGUUUUUUCCCUAUGAGCCAGACGAUGCCCCUCACCCUUUGGAGCCAGAUCCGGACCCCUACACACAGCAUUCCCAAAUCCCUGAGCCAGGAGUUGAGUGCAGCGUUUUCACACAUGCAUCCUCACGCCCUCCACAGCUGGUUAGCUCCAGCUCAUGUCGGCAAUUUGACAAGCGUCUUAAGAAUUUGGAGGAGUUGUGCGAUGAAUACUUCCUCCAGCAGGCACUGAAACAGCUCCGCUCCAUUGAGAAGAAUUUCCGUGGAGACAGCAGCUACCUCUUCACACGCCAGCUCACUCAAAACUUACUCCAGCAUCUCAAAUCCACAAACUUCCUGUUUGAAGAUUCGUGCGACCUGAUCGUGGAGACAGAGCAGCAGCUCCACAAGCCCAAAGUUCGGCCAUCAUUGCUCCUUCCUGUUUCUCCGCUGCAGAGCGAGCCUGUAAGCCUGGAGUCGUACACCUCCUGUGUGGAAAUGGUGCCAAUCAAGCUUCAGGUCAGCAUGAAUGGACAGUCUCUAGCUGAGCCCAACUCUGUGCCAUCAUCACCUUGUUGUGAUGACUUGCCUUUGGCAACAGAUGCCCCAACAGAAUGUGACUGUCAGGACAAGGAGGGAGUUCCCAUACAAAUGAAGGACAGCAUAAGCAGUGGGGAGAGUAUUGAGGUUCUUGGCACAGAGAAGUCUUUCAGAACUCAGGGAACUCAUAUUUCUAUGGAAACAGUGCCACAGAGACCCCUUUCAUUUCCUGCACCUUUCCUUGAAAGUCGGAAACGGAGGGUGGCCACUCAACGGACAAACAGCGAGGACAGCAUUGAGGUGCUCAGCACUACAGACUCUAUCAUACCGGAUGAUCUGCGGGCCUCCUACCCCUCUGCUAUCCAUGAGGAAACUCCAGAGUGUGAGGGAGAGGAGAAAGACAGGACUCCAGGUCAGGAGAACAAAGGUGUGGAGGGGUGUAGGUGCAGCUCUGGGGAGGCAGUUCCGGCCGAGGGCGAAGAGAAAUGCAAAGACUUCCCAAGAACUCCUGGUACACCUGACACCCCCACUAUCGUUUUAACCACGCCUGAUCUUUGCAUAAACUUUGCCCUAAAUAAGGUCAACUAUCUGGACUCGCGUACCAUGGCAGGCCCACUUUUUCCUAUGAUUGAUACAGGGUCUCUUCAAGAGGGGCCUUUACAACUUUUACGAGAUGACUUGUCAGAUUGCACCAGUUACCUCAGCCUCGCUUCCACAGCCUCAGAAUUCACUCUCUCUCCUGAUCUCCACGGGGAGAAGAGUGUGGGCGGAAGUCGACGAAAGCGUGCCAGGUUAGGACGGGCUGCAUUGCGUUUCUUGCGCCAGUUUCCUUUUGCAGUGCAUGCAGUGUACAGCCUGCUGAGCGGGCGGACACUGGUGGUGCUCGGCAGCGAGGAAACUGUGGUUCGACGUUGGGUCACAGCGCUGACUAUCUACACUCCACAUGUAGGCAAGUACAGAGAGAGCAUCCAGCCCUGGACAUCAGACCCUCUACAAAUCACCGAUCUGCUAACCUGGAAACUCAUCGGCUUUAACAGGAUGGCGUCUCCUACUUCACCCAGCAUGCCUCCCUGCUUAGUCCGCUAUAGUCGUUACCUCAGCGUGCUCGACGUGGACCAGAGGACGUUGCGGUGCCCAGCCUACAGAGGUUCCUUGAUUUGUCCACUUGUUGAGCCAAGGACCCAGAUUGUUCACGGCACCACCUACUACCUGUACGCACGAAGUGUAAUCGGCAGGCUUGUCUCCAGAGCAUUCCUGCUCACCUUCUGUCACAGCCUCCACCAUCCCAGCAGCCCGAGCGAGAAGGUCAGUGCAGAGCGCUGCUACUGUGACCUCCACGACGACGAUAUGAAGAUACUCAAUUUCCUUUCGGAGCUCAUCGCACUGCAACUCACAGAUAACACUCCGAGGAUCCUCCGGUUCAGCAACACCGCCAGUACAGUUUUCAAACUCUGAUCCAGCCGUGUGAACGAGUACUAUGGGUACGUCCACAGUGCAAUUCCGAUUCGCUGCUGUUUGGUUGUUCAUAUCGUUCUCCUGAACUGAACACAAAGUACAACACUCCAGUCCAAGCACAACAGAGGCAACACACUCACAGCUGCUCUUCAUCUUUCCCUAAUUCCUCCCUUUGCCGAGUUAUGACAAAAUGGGAAAGUCGCAUGAAUUCCAAUCAGGCUGUUAAGAGGUUGCAAUGCCACUGAUCAGAUAUGCAUCAGACUUAAGCAUCACAUGUGAAAGCAGCCCAAAUCAGACAUGAAAAUGUGAUACUGACAUUGCUGUUCCAACUGUCAUUAAAAAACAAACCAGUGGGACAAGAAUUUUGCCUCUAUGUAAAAACAAUGCAGCCAGUUCAAAGCUGAGCAGGACUCACUGUGCAAAGCCAAAAGCAAUAAUGUGAUUAAUCCCAAAAUCUACAUUUCCUUCUGAUUAUUUUAUUUAGAUGCACAUGUGCUCCUGGUGGAGCAUGCAGGAGCAAAACUGGCUUAGUGAGUCCAGGCCCGUGGGGAAGAAAAACCCAUACUGGCAGGACAUUUGGUUUACUUUUGAGUAGACCAAGUCGGUAAACGUGCAAGUGUGCUUAAAAUGCUCCACAUAAUGCUUUAUAUUCAUAAGGAAAUAAUUGGAUAUUACGUCCAUAAUAAUGUGGAUUAUCAGCAUUUGGUCAUACAGUGCACAGCAUGGAUGAUAAGCCACUGGCAUAAUUAGCUGCUUAAUCAGAACAAUGGCAUUACUCAGGGUUUGUUAAACACUACUGAUUAAUUAAAGGGGAAAUCCACCCAUUUUUAAAAUUUCUGCAUAAUUCAGUGGUUGAGAUGUAAACAGUCACUGAGAGUGGUUCACUGUAGAGACACGUACAGACUCAGAGUUCUUUACAGUGAUGGGAACCAGAGGUUGCGAUGUCUACAGCACAAAUAUAGCCAUUUUAUUUACUACCCAAACCUACACGUGUCUUAUGUAUAAUGUUGAUGGUAAAUCUGGAAAUAAAAAAAAAAACAAGGUUUUAUGUGGGUAUCAUCAUAAAAGCUUCUCAAAACAGUGUCUCAACCAUUUCAUAAUAUAUUUCUACAAUGUAGCUUCAGCACUGUAAUCAAUUCUGACUCCUGUCCAUUUUUCUGGAAGAGAGUAUUACAUGAAACCACUCUGACUGACUUUGUUUACAUCUCGGCAAUUUAAUUAUGCAGAAAUGUUUGCGAAAUCAGAGCGAUUCCCUUUAAAACUUGUAAAACCUCCAUGACUACGACUGAUAUGUUAAUUUUUUUUCCAGAUCUCAUCCUCAACAAUGCAGUGUCUGUUAUAGUGAUGCAUUUAUUGAGCCAUAAGAGUUUUUUUUGGCAAUAGUGUUUACAAUAACCCAACACAUGCACAAGGCUGCAUUCUCCUAUUUUGAAACGUAAUUUUUUUCCAGCUUUUUCAUUUUACACAUUAAGAAGAGUGUAUACAUACGUAACAGAGUUACCAAAGCUGUCCUUAUAUCAAGAGCCCUUGUUGAGGCCCUGCCUUCCACGUGCUGCUUCAUAUUUUAGUGGUCCUUCUAAAGUGUAUACAAUAAAAGUGAGUAUGACUGAGAAAGCAGCUUAAAGUGCCUUGGAGUGUUGCUAGCUUUGCUAGUGCUGUACUUGAAGAAAAACACUGGUAAAUACUGGUGUAUUAAUCUAGUUGAGGUCUUUCUGAGAGGGUCAUGGCACCGUCCAGCUCUGUGUGUGAAUACAAACGUGAGAAAUAGCUGUUUUGAAAUGUAUUGUCGUAACUGAAAUGUAUUUUUUUUAAAUAUCAGAUAAUAUAUUCAAUAAAGAGUGCUUAAAAAUA